AUGAAAGUAGGUUUAGGUUUUUUAGUUGUCAAAUACAAGCCUUCUACAGACAAGCCAUUAUACAAAUAUUGCUGUAACGUUAAGGAGGAUCACGGUCAACCAUUAUUUGGCGUGCAAUUUAAUUAUAAUUUGAAGGAGGGCGAGCCGUUGAUAUUCGCUUCUGUGGGCAGUAAUCGCGUGAGCAUUUACGAGUGCCCGCAAAGUGGAAAUAUACGACUGCAACAGUGUUAUGCCGAUCCCGAUACGGAGGAAAAUUUUUACACCUGCGCUUGGACGUACGAUGACUCCGGGAAGCCUCUAUUAUCCGUGGCCGGUUCACGCGGAGUCAUACGAAUUAUUAAUCCCUCGACAAUGACCUGCAUCAAACACUAUAUUGGUCAUGGACAUGCGAUAAACGAGCUAAAGAUUCAUCCGAAGGAUCCAAAUAUAUUGCUGUCUGCAUCGAAGGAUCACGCUUUAAGACUAUGGAAUAUCAAGACAGAUGUGUGCAUCGCGAUUUUUGGUGGCGUGGAGGGACAUCGUGACGAAGUACUGAGCGCCGAUUUCGACAUACGAGGUCAACGAAUCAUUUCGUGCGGGAUGGACCACGCUCUCAAGCUAUGGUCUCUAAUCAAACCAGACAUGCAGGAGGCGAUAAAGCAGUCCUAUCAUUGCAACCCCAGCCGUAACGGCAGACCUUUCGAUUCGAUACUCCAACAUUUUCCAGACUUUACCACUCGCGAUGUUCAUCGAAACUAUGUCGAUUGCGUGAAAUGGUUCGGUGAUUUUAUUCUCAGCAAAUCCUGCGAGAACUGCAUUGUGUGUUGGAAACCGGGUAGACUCGAGGAUUCGCAAUUGCGUAACGGAGAAACGAGCGCGACAGUCAUGCAUCGUUUCGAGUUUAAGGAAUGCGAUAUUUGGUUUAUACGUUUCUCCAUGGAUUUCUGGCAACGCACAAUCGCAUUAGGUAAUCAGGUCGGUCGCACUUACGUUUGGGAUUUGGACAUGGAAGAACCUGGGCAAGCGCGCUGCUGGUCUCUCCAGCAUCCUCGUUGCACUGCACCGAUCCGCCAAACUAGCUUAAGUCGAGACGGCUCCGUAUUAUUGUGCGUCUGCGAUGACGCGACUAUUUGGAGAUGGAAUCGCGAUCAUUGAUUUUAUUCAAAUUUGUUUUAUUCAUUUUAUGACAAAGAAGACGUGCCUUUGCAUGUAUAUUUGCAAUAAUUUGAAUGUAAAGACAAUUUAACUGAUUUAUUUAUAGGGAUUAAAAAUUUUUUAA